AUGGGUAUGUCAUUCGGUAUUCAUAGCUUACUCGGUUUAGCCGGAACUACAGCUCGAGAUAUGCCUGCUGAUGCUGCAUAUAUUUCUGCUGCAACUACAUCACAGUAUUGUCAUCAAAAUUUUUUCCAACCAAAUACCCCACAACUAUUCACAAUGGAUAUGCCACCAAGUAAUUUUGACCGAACCCAAUGUAAUGAUCUGCUUACCCAAGGUAUCGGCCGUUUUGAUUACCAAAAUGCAACCGGUGUACCAAUGGCUUCAGAAGCCGGCAAUGAUGUAGCAAUAAUGGCACCAAAUGUUAAAAAAAGUUCCAGUAAACGUAAGAAACGCCGUCAUCGAACUAUUUUUACACAGUAUCAAAUUGAUGAACUUGAAAAAGCAUUUCAAGAAGCUCAUUAUCCAGAUAUGUAUGCCCGCGAGGUACUUGCAAUGAAGACAGAUCUUGCUGAAGAUCGUAUACAGGUUUGGUUUCAAAACCGUCGAGCUAAAUGGAGGAAAACUGAAAAAACGUGGGGAAAAAGCACAAUUAUGGCUGAAUAUGGACUAUAUGGUGCAAUGGUUCGACACUCGUUACCAUUGCCGGAAACAAUAACAAAAUCAUCGGAAAAUUCUACAGAACCAGCAGCACCGUGGCUUUUAGGAAUGCAUAAAAAAAGUUUGGAAGCUGCAGCACAUCUUGAAAAUGGUGACAUAGACAAAGAUUCAGAUUCAGACGAGGAGGAUCGACGUUGUCAAACAUCAUCAAAUAUUCCAAAUAAUGGAGACCAAAAAUUUUGCAUGUAUCAAUAUGAGCGAAUGUCUAUGUAA